AUAUUAUUCUUUAAUGCAAUCAGUACUCCAGCUGUUCUGAUGUUGUUUCCCCCACUAUUCACAAUAAUGGAGAUUUAUGUAUGCAUUCCCAUUUUAUUUAAUUGUGUUAUACUGAUCGGAGUAUAUAAUUACUCGCAGUGACAAUAGGGGCAGAGGCAAGGCGAUGAAGGGGACGAUGAUGAACAACACCGUGAGCAAUAGUCAAUUCUCAUUCCUCGCCAUUAUCAAGUUUGCAGUUUGUAUUAUGCUAUUCGGACUUGCCUGCCGUUUGUUUCUCUCCAGUGAUCAGUUUCUGCAAUUCUCCCCAUUCCUGGUCGCCACUGACCAGAAGACAUCGCCGCCGUCCGUUUCAAAUCAGCUCCGGGCGAAUCUCGAGCACCGGAGUUCUAGAACUGUGAAGUGUGAUUUGUUUAGGGGAGAUUGGAUUGCAGAUGCUAAGGGUCCAUUUUAUACUGACCAGACUUGCUCUUCAAUACAAACCCACCAGAACUGUAUGAAGAAUGGGCGGCCUGAUAUGGAUUAUAUACACUGGAGGUGGAGACCGAGAGACUGUGAACUCCCCAGGUUUGAUCCCGGGAAGUUCCUCAAUCUCACGAGGAAUAGAUCAAUGGCUUUUAUUGGUGAUUCAAUUAUGCGGAACCAUGUUCAGUCUCUGCUUUGCAUUCUCUCGCAGGAGGAAAAAGUUGACGAGGUAUACCACGAUGAGCAAUACAAAAGUAGAAGAUGGUAUUUCCCCGCAAACAACUUCACCCUUUCAGUGGUUUGGUCUCCUUACCUUACAAAAGCCGUCAUAUUUGAAGACAACGACGGCGUUUCGACAGAUAUAGUCCGUCUCCACCUCGACAAACCCGAUGACAUAUGGAAAGAUCAAUUCAAGAAUUUCGAUUACGUUAUUCUUGCCGGCGGGAAAUGGUUUCUCAAACCGGCAAUUUACUACGAGAAAGAUGAGAUUGUGGGCUGCCAUAGCUGUAAUGAGAAGAACAUUACAGAGUUACGGUUUGAUUAUGUGUACCGCAAAGCGUUGAAUUCAACCCUAGAAUACAUUUUGAGGUCAAAGCAUGAAAAGGUCAAUGUGUUGUUCAGAACCACAACACCGGAUCACUUCGAGAAUGGGGAGUGGAACACUGGCGGUUAUUGCAACAGGACAUUGCCGUUUAAGGAAGGCGAGGCUGAGAUGAAUGGCAUGGAUGAGCUAAUGCACCAAAUAGAAGUGAAAGAAUUUGAGAGAGCAUUGACCACAUUAGGAUCCAAUGAGAAGGGGUUAACUUUGAAACUUUUCGAUACCACUUAUCUUUCAUUGCUGAGGCCGGACGGGCACCCGGGAAUCUACAGGCAUAUGCAGCCUUCUUUAGCUGUCCAGAAUGAUUGUCUGCAUUGGUGCUUGCCCGGACCUAUUGAUUCUUGGAAUGAUUUGAUGAUGGAAAUGAUUUUUCCAUUCUUAGGAAGAUAGAGAUUUUAUACUCUAUCCCUUCUGCUAUUUUAAGGGCUCUGCUGUGGCCAUGUGCAUAUUAGUAGCAUCUGUAAUGUGCAUAAAAGAAGCAUCCCUCUCAAGCAACCAUGACGACAUUGGUACACACGUGACACGAUCGAGAUAUACUUACAAGAAUCGAUCAAUACAGUUUCUUUUUUUCUUUCACCGUCUUCGAGCCAUCAAUUACAAAUUACCAAAAGUAUAUGAGGCUGCAGAAAGGAUGAUCAGCUAAGUACACUUGGUGGUGACAAGAUGCCUUUUUUCCCAUAGGUUCAAUUGAGAUGGCUUUGCAGCACAUUUAUAUGCAUUAUUACACAUUUACACUGCAGAGCAGAGGUAAAGAAACGAGCAAAGAAAGCUGUGGAGUGUGGAUGGUUGUUAUUAGUAAGCAUGUCCUCCUGUCUGAAUAAAUCAUAAAAAACUUAUUCCCUUGGUUCUUAUACAGCUAACUAACAAUAAACUUAACACUAUUUUGAAAUUAAAUUACUUUAUUAUACACAGUUAUACAUUUAAUAUCUUAAAUUCUUCGUUGUAUUCUAUGCUUCGUAUAUACUCUGUUUAUACAAAGUAUACUAAUCCAUUCCACAGCAAUUUUGGAGCUUAUUAAAUUAUUUUUCUUUAUUAAUUAUCAGCUCUAUAUAGGGAGUUGGUCCUCACUUUGGUUGCUCCAUUUUUCCUGCUUAGUAAUAAUGAUUGAUUACAAAAGGUAAUCCGUUAAGCUUUGUAUGGAAUUGGUAUCUUUAAAAAACAUGUAUGCAUUUGAUAGCUUUGUGUAGUUGAUUCAGAAUUGGUCGUUGAAGUAUAAUUGGUUGUGAUUUUAUAAUAAGAUUUAAAUUUCAUUUUAAAAAGUCAACUCUAGGAACAUGAAAGCUUGUUUAAUUGAUGAUACUUAAGAAUAUGGUGGGCCUUUUGGCCGGGAUAUUACUAAAAAAAAAAGACAAAAGACAAAAAAGUGAUAUGUUUCUAAAAAUUCCAAAAAUGUGACCAAGAUCACAUUUAAACCCUGCGGUGCAUAGUGACUCCGAUCAAAGUAACUUCUCCGACCAUAGUGACUCCGGUCACAGGGACUCCACCACAGUGACCGCAGACUACUGGCCAAAGUGAUUGUCGCCGCACCUCGUUCAAUGACUACCGCCACUCCACCGGCCACUGACCGCUGCCGCCACCGUCCAAUCACUGCCGUCCCCCGGUCAGUGACUGUUGCUGCCACCGUCCAACCACUGCCAUCCCCUAGUCAGUGACGGCCGCCACCACCUUCCAGUCACUGUCGUCCCUCGGGCAGUGGCUGCCGCUGUCCGCCCCUGCUAUUAAACUGCCCAACACCACUGUCGCCGUCACUGCUCACCCCACCCCGACCUGCCCAACCCCUUUCCCAACCAUCCCAGUUAGUCCCCUCCCCAACUAUCCCCAGCCCCUAGCGCCGCCGACCCCAACCGGGCCAUCACCCAACACCGACCCACUGCCCUGCUCCCCUGCCACGCCCAUAUCCUCCCCCAGUCCACUCCGACCAAUCAACACCACCAUGGACUCCGGCAUGAUCAGUCCCCUCCACUAGCCCCGCCCCAACCCAGGCCCCAACACCAUUCCCAGCCCCGCCCAUCAAUGACGCACCCUAGCCCCACCCAACAACGUCGCAACACAGCCCCUCAAGCCACGCCCUACCGUCAAGCCUCGCCCCAGCCACGAACUCAGAUCUGAAAAUAAGAAGGAAAAUCCCCAAAUUUGAUCUGGAAUCGUGUUGAUUUGCGGUCAAGAAGGACGACGAGGCUCAGGUCUGGCGGAGAGAAGGUGCCAUGGUCGUACGAAGAGAAGAGGCGCCUCGACCUUGUGCACAAAUGAAGGAAGACCACGCCAUGGCCGGUGGUUUAUGGCGGCAGAGAGAAGUCUCAUGUUGUGCUGUGUGUAAGGAGGUGCAUCUGUGCUGAGAGAAGCGUGAGGAGAGAAGCCUGAGUCACAGUUUUGCUCUUGUCCCCAUUCCUCUUUCAGUUCUCGAGGACGGCAUUGCUGCCGGUACCGCCCCUCCCGCGCAAGUAAGUACCCCAGCCCUUUCAUGGCGGCUCGAUACCUCUGGGUACGAGAAGACCGCGAACUUCAUGAUCUCUACUCAGCGCUACUGCCGAGGGCGGUUGGAGAUGUUUUUUAGGAGGAGCUGCGGGCUCAGAAGAAGAAGGACCACUUGGGUCAUGGGGUGCGGGUCCUGGAGCGGACUCCGCUCGGCGAGCAGUUCUUGCUUGAUGUGGCCGAUGACGGAUUCGCCACGGGCUACAACCUUUGGGUGAAGGCCACGCUGCCGGGCUUCGCCAAGCUCCACGGUCUAGACUUCAAGUUGGUGGACCAUACCGAUGAUGAAGAUCUCAAGGCGGCCGUUGGGAAGUUGAAGCAGGAUCCGAGGAGAGAGGUGAGAAACUUGCAGUUUCUUUUUCCGAAUAUAAAAGAGCGGCUUUUAUAUUAAUAUCGAGAAAUCAUACAAGACAACUUCCACACAGUUAUGUCAGAGUUGUUCGUAAGCCCUGAGAAUAUACAUAGAAUCUGUCAUCUCAAUCAAAGCAACUUGAUUCACAAGACACAAAAUGGACAAAUUUAAGCCUAAAACAAUCGUAAUUGAAACAUUGUCUAUUAAAAGUACUCCAGAAAUCCAAACAUCCAAACCAAACCUACUCAAAGUAAAAUAUAAAUAAGUAUUACUAAAGAAAAAAUAAAAUUGAAAUACAUUCUUUCCAAAAAAAACUCUAUAUUGUAAGAACCGACCCGGACCGGCCGGUUCGGACCGGAACCCAUAAGUGGGAUUCAAACUCGCGCCUACCACUACCAUUCCAAGCUAGUGCCCAACGUGCUACACCUGCUAGUUUGUGAAAGCCGUAGCUUUAGUGUUCUUAUAUUGUGCUAACGUGAAAUGUUUUUAG